UAACAAGCAGUGUCCAGAGUUUGAGUGGCGUCAGGAGAAAGGUGAAAAAAGAUUCCUUUGUGCGAUCUGUCAGAGGGGAGAAAUGUUACAAGUGUGAGGAGUGCAGCAGGCAGUUCAGACGGCUGGAUACUCUGAAAACUCACAUGCAGACUCACACAGGGGAGAAACCCUACAGGUGUGAGGAGUGCAGCAGGCAGUUCAGUCAGCUGAGUAAUCUGAAGGCUCACAUGCGGACUCACACUGGUGAGAAACCCUACAGGUGUGAAGAAUGCAGCAAUCAGUUCAGUUUGUUCCAUCAUCUAAAGGCACACAGGAUGACUCACAGCGGUGAGAAGCCGUACAUUUGUGAGGAGUGCAGCAGGCAGUUCAGUCGGUUUGGUAAGCUGAAGAGACACAUUCGGACUCACACAGGGGAGAAACCUUACACGUGUGAGGAGUGCAGCAAGCAGUUUAGUCGGUUGGGACACUUGAAGAUACAUAUACGGACACAUACAGGUGAGAAACCCUACAGGUGUAAGGAGUGCAGCAGGCAGUUCAGUCAGCUGGAUUCUCUGAAGAAACACCUGCGGACUCACACAGGGGAGAAACCCUACAAAUGUAAGGAGUGCAGCAGGCAGUUUAGUCAGCUAGGUAAUCUGAAGACUCACAUGCUGACCCACACAAGGGAGAAACCCUACAGAUGUGAGAAGUGCAGCAGGCAGUUUAGUGACCUUGAUGACCUGAAGAAACACAUGCGGACUCACACAGGGGAGAAACCCUACAAGUGUGAGGAGUGCAACAGGCAGUUUAGUCGACUGGGUCAUCUUGAGGAACACAUUCGGACUCACACCGGUGAGAAGCCGUACAAUUGUGAGGAGUGCAGCAGGCAGUUCAGUCGACUUGGUCAUCUGAAGAGACACAAGCGGACUCAUACAGGGGAAAAGCCCUACAGGUGUGAGGAGUGCAGCAGACAAUACAGCCAGCUGUGCCAUCUGAAGGCUCACAUGCGGACUCACACAGGUGAGAAACCCUACAGAUGUGAGGAGUGCAGCAAGCAGUUCAAUGAGUUGGGACAUCUAAAGACUCACAUACGGACUCACACAGGGGAAAAACCCUACACGUGUGAGGUGUGCAGUAGGCGGUUCAAUCUGUUGUAUAGCCUGAAGAAACACAUGGUAACUCACACAACAGAAUUUGUACAAGUGUGAGAAGUUAAACAUUUCAGUCAUGACGUCAGUUUGGUGAGAGACAGGUGUGAGGAGUACUAAUGAAGCCAGCAGGUGGGGAAGUGAAUCAGAUCUGAUAGUUAAGUCAGCGGUUUGACAUAAUUAGUUACAUGCACUGACACGGUGUCGGCAAAGCCUGUUUCGUUCGUGUUUUUGAGCUGCCAGCCUUUUCUGUUAUGUGGUUCAUUUUGAUCCUAAUAAAAUAUGUAAAUAGAGAAGUUCAGUUACCCUCGGUUUUCUAGAGCUAAGUUUCCAAGAUGGUACUUUUAUUGGAUGUGUAUUUUGUAUCAUGUUCAAGUUUUUUUCCUGGUUAGUAACUUCUAUUAAGUAGCAAACUAGAACUUAACUGGAACUUGUUCGUUUUUGUAUCUUUAUGGAAAUAUUUACACACAGUAGCUAGGUCUGUCCACAAGGAAAAUGUAGAAUUUUGCUUUUAAGAUGUUUUGUUGGAAGCGCAUUGUGUUUUUAUUUUGAUUCCUAUCUUUUGACUUGUAUGAUGGUAAAUUCAUAUUUUUUUUGUUUUGGUUUUGUAACAAACGUACUACUAGAAUUGCUUUUGUACCUUAUUGAAAUUUCAACCGUAGCUAUAUAAUGUCUAAAAGGGAAAUAGUACCUCUAUUGCUACUAACAUACAACCUGUUAUAAUAAAACCAUUGUUAUUGUACUUUACUAGAAAUAGCUAUGUUUUUUAACAUUAAUUUUAGACUUGCAGUUUUGGUUAACUGAUAAGAGAAUAAGAAAAUAGCAGAAGUGUAAAAAAAUGUUUUAAGAUAAGAUCAGUCUCCUGAUUAGUAACUAUCUUUGUUGUUAAUGUUGAUAUUUACU